AUGGCGGCGGGAGCCGGGCCCGGGCCCGCGGUGGUGGCGGCGGGGCCCGGGCCCGGUCCCGGAGCGGCGGCGGGAGGCGGCGGGCCCGCGGCAAAGAGCGGAGAGGAGCGGCUGAAGGAGAUGGAGGCGGAGAUGGCGCUGUUCGAGCAGGAGGUUCUGGGCGCUCCCGGCCCCGCCCCCGGGGACCCCCUGGCCCCGCCCCCCGUGCUGAGACCGAUCAUCGCCACCAACACCUAUCAGCAGGUGCAGCAGUCCCUCGAGGCUCGCGCCGCCGCCGCCGCCACCGUCCCCCCCUUGGGGACACCCCCGGUGCCGUUCGUGGGGCCAGUGUCCCCGCAGCGGCCGCCGAUCCUGCGCCCGGCAUUCGUGCCACACGUGCUGCAGCGCCCAGCUGUCCCCAGGCCCCCCCUGGCCCUGCGCCCCCCCCCCGGGGCCAUGGUGGGGGUGGGGCCUCCCCUGGGGGCUCCCCCCGCCCCCCCCCUGCUGCUCGCCCCUCCCCCACUGCAGAGACCCCCCCCAGCCCCCCUGGGGACAGCGGUGGGGGCGGGGCUGAGAGCGGCCGGCUCCGGGCCGGGCUCUCCCCUCCCCCCCCUCCCCCCCGCGGCCGCCGGGCCCCGAGCGCCGCCCCCGGGACCCCCCCCGGGACCCCCCAAACCGACCCCGCCGGUGAUCCAGGCCGCGCCCACCGUGUACCCGGCCCCGCCCAGGAGGGUCAUGGAGGAGACCCCGCCCCCCCGGGCCCCGCCCCCCGAGGAGCCGCGGAUUGGGCCGAGCCUCCCGGCCCCGCCCCCCGCCAUGGCCACGCCCCCUCCGGAGCCACGCCCCGGCCCCGCCCACCUGGCGCCGGUGCCACGCCCACUGCGGAGGCCACGCCCACAGGACCCACCCUUCCCUGUGCCUGAGGUGGGGGCAGAGCCGGCGGCCGAGGACAAGCGCAAGGGGAGGGGGGAGCGGCUGAAGCGCUGCAUCCGAACGGCGGCCGGGAGCAGCUGGGAGGAUCCCAGUCUGCUGGAGUGGGACGCUGACGAUUUCCGGAUUUUCUGCGGCGAUCUCGGGAACGAGGUGAACGACGAGACGCUGGGCCGCGCCUUCGGGCGCUUCCCGUCCUUCCUCAAGGCCAAGGUGAUCCGGGACAAGCGCUCGGGCAAGACCAAGGGCUACGGCUUCGUGUCCUUCAAGGACCCCAACGACUACGUGCGGGCCAUGCGGGAGAUGAACGGGAAGUACGUGGGCUCGCGGCCCAUCAAGCUGCGCAAGAGCCAGUGGAAGGAUCGGAACCUGGAGGUCGUGAGGCGCAAACAGCGCGAGAAGAAGAAACUGGGGCUGAGAUAACCCGGACUGGGAGCACUGGGAGGGACUGGGAGGGACUGGGAGGGGACUGGGACGGCAAUAAAGGUGAAUUGAGGGCUGCAA